AUGGCCGAUUACAACAAAAGAUCUCCUCUUGGUCCAAGGGUUCUGUCUGAAGAACAACAAGCUGCCUUGGAUACUUUGGAUCAACCUGCUAAUAGAGGAAAAAGGGUUGUGAAGAAAGAAAAAGAAGAAGAGAAGGAGAGUAAACCAAAAUCUUCGAAAGGAAAGUCUGGUGACGAAGAAACUUCUCGAUCAAAACCUAAGAAGUUUAAGAAGAUGGCUAACAGGCCCAAGGGAGAAUCUUCUCCUGGACCUGAUAAUGUUGAAGAACAGGAAGAAGAAACAGAAGAUCCUCAUGUUUCCACCAGAGAGCCAACCCCUCCAAAGUCUCCAACUCCACCACCAUCUCCUAAAAUUACUCACAUUCCAACUCCACCAGCAUCUCCCAAAAUUACAGAACUUCCCACUCCUCCACCGUCUCCUAAAAUUCAAACCCCACCUCCAUCACCGAAACAGAAAGUUCCACUUUCUGUUCCUACCGAUACACCACCUAUUACAACAGAACCAACUUCUCUACCCACUUCAACCAUCAUUUCUUCUGUUCCUAUCUCAACUACCCAAUUAUCAACUCCACUUAUAACCGAAUCCAUCACUACCACCAUUUUCCAAAUCCCUGUAAAGGUCAAUGUAUCUGAUACAGGGGCUACUACUGUGAUUGAUACACCAGUUAUAAACAUACCACCAUCACCAACCCCAUCCUCUACCUCUGGUGCUACUCUUGGUGAAGAUGAUGAGGACUAUGAUUCCCUAUAA